GUUUAUAAAGUUUAUAAGCUUCAACGUAGUCAUUAGUCAAUCUAUAACUAAAUUUACUUAAAAUAAAGUAUGGUAUGUCAUAAAAUAUAUAAUAACAAACGUUUGGUUUUGUUAUAAAUAUAGCUUGUUUGCAAUUAAAGGCUUCUUGAAAAUAAAAUAUGCAAAAUAACCCCGAAGUACCUUCUACACAAAAGAAAUUAUUAGCAUCUCAUGAUCCAGGAUGGAAUGAUCCUCCAAAUUGGGCACUUUCAUCAUUAAAUAAGUCUGAUAGUGGAACACCAACAAAAAGAUUAUUAAAUAAAAGGGUAGCAUUUCCAUUAAAUUCAAAAGAAGAGCCAUUAAGUUCUCUUUUAACUCAGAAUUUUCCACUUGUAGGAAAAAUACCUCCACUAGGUCAAACUGAACAAUUAACAGCACAGCAUAAAUCUACAAUCGCAUCAUCGGCAAAAGUUGAUGAUGCACGUUUAGAAGUUCAAAUAAGUAAAGAUACAAUUUUAAAAGAUACUAUUGAUAAUUUACAGUGUUUAAUGAAACAACUAGAUUCGAAUAAAACGGAAGAAAUACAAAAGAGACUUGACAGAAUGCAAAUAAUGUGGAACGAAGAUAAAUUAAGUAAAUCUGUACAGAUAAAACUUUUUGAAAUUUCAGAAGCAUUGAAAGAAUUAGACUUAGAAAAAGUAGAUCAAUUACAUAUUUCACUUAUGACGAACAAUGCUUCAGUCUGUGGUUCAUGGAUUCCUGGAAUUAGACAACUAAUUACAGAAAUAAAGAAUAAAAAGAUCUGAUAUGAUUUUUUAUACAAAUCAUUUUUAAAUUUAAGUAAUAUUGAUGAACAAUGUAACAUGUAAUUAAUACGAUAAAAUAUAUUUUAUAAAAUAUUG